AGUAGAUCAGAGUUGGCCGCUUCAGCAGGUUGGGGGUUCGACGCUGGACGACCUCCUUCUGUGGACGAAAUGCAGCUGCUGAAACUGGUGUUGAUCAUCCAACUGGGCUGUCGGUGUCAAGAUGUGCAGAUUCCCCAGAAUCAGACUGACCCGUCUCCCGUUGCCGUGACUACGGGGGGAAAUGAUACGGCCCAACCAGAGGAGUUCAGCAGUGACCCCCAUGUCCUCGUCCUCGGGGCCACAUGUUCCUGGACUCUCAGGAUGCCUGGAAACAGAAGCGGUGAUCCGGUGGCUCUCCCGUCCCAUCACACCGAUCAGCUGGCUGAACGGAUCUGUCAGGACCUCGGCUGUGGCAGCGUUUUCCAGGUGAACUCCAGCAGCGCGCAUCCUGGUACCGGCUGCUUCCACCGCUGCUCCUACCAGGACCAGCGUCUCCUCAACUGCUCAGAGACCGAGGGAGUGAACUGCUCCGUGAUCGACAAGGUCGUCUGUGGUCACCAGCUGGUGCGUCUGGCCGGGGGCCUGGACCGCUGCGCCGGGCGGGUGGAGCUGUGGGCCGACGGCCGCUGGGGGACGGUGUGUGACGACCAGUGGGACCUGAGGGACGCCCACGUGGUCUGCGCCCAGCUGGGCUGCGGCUACGCCCUGGAGGUGACGGGGCAGGGCGGCUCCUUCCCCCCGGGCCGGGGGCCCGUCCUCCUGGACGAGGUCAGCUGCAACGGCACCGAGGGAAACCUCUGGGCCUGUCCGGCAGAACCGGGCGAGUCCGACUGUGGACACAAGGAGGACGCUGGCGUCGUCUGCUCAGAGAUGAGGGCCCUGCGUCUCACCGGAGGACUGGACCGCUGCUCUGGGAAGGUGGAGAUCCACCGCAACGGCAGCUGGGGGUCAGUGUGCGACAACGCCUGGUCCGAGGACCUGGCCUCGGCCGUGUGCAGCAUGCUGGGCUGCAGCGACAGGUCGCAGAACUCCUCCAGGAUCAUCCCCGCCUCAGCCCACCGCAAUGGCACGCCCUGGUACUUCUACGACUGUCCGACGGACACCCGCAGCCUGUGGCGCUGCCCCGAGUACGUCAACAACCACUUCCUGUGCGAAAGCCCUCAUCCCUCUGGGGUCAUCUGUAACGGUUCCCUCGGACUUCCUGCAGCCGCCGCAGCUGCAACGAACUCGCCGGCUGACCUGACGACUGAAACUCUCCCAACGGUUCCCGGUGGUCGGCAGGACUUCCCCUCUCCAGAGCUCAUCAGCACCAUCGCUCUGGCACUGCUGCUGCUCGUGUUCCUGGUCGUCAACACCGUGCUCUGCUGCCUCUACAGGCGACGACACGCUUUCCUGCUCCAGCAGGCGAAGAGCAACUCACGGUCUCCAAACGAAGCUCCUCAGAACCAGUACAGAGACGCCGUCAACCUGGUCAAGGUCACGGCCAACCAGACGGAGGCCCCCCCCAACCCCAGGUAUCUGUGGACGCAGCUUAGUAGUGCUGACAGCACGUCAGUAGAUACAGACUAUGAGCAGUAUGACCCAAGCAAUGACCCGUCUGUCACUUUAUCCACCUUUCGGAACUCUCAGCGCUACAGAGGCGACGUGAGCCCUCUGGGGCUCGGCGUCCUCCCCGAGGAAGCCCCCAGACCUCCAGGUCACAUGACGGGGGGGUUCGGGUCCUACAACGGCGGCCUGGCGGACCCUCAGAGCGCCCGAGCUUCAAAGAUCACGGAGGACUCGUUUGACUCGUCCAGCACGUCGUCCGGGGAAAACUACGAGAACGUGAACCCCACCUACUCCUCCGUCCCCCUGGAUGAUGACGACUACUCGCCCGUGAGCCCCGAAUGAAAGCCGUCGCCUGAGGGGACGGCGAAGGGGACGCCAGCGGUUUGUGACCCGCUGAGGAGGCCUCGCCAGGUCCAGACUCCCCCUCGGGGGGGUAGAAGAAGAGA